AUGCUGAUCAGCAACUGUUUAGCUGGCCUCGCCGACCUUGGUUUCCGCAUUGAGGAUGUGAUUGAACAAGAACACGACGCUGCUCUCGGCAAUGGUGGUUUGGGCCGCCUUGCCGCUUGCUUCCUGGACAGUCUUGCCAGUCUCAACUACCCAGCUUGGGGUUACGGCUUGCGAUAUCGCUAUGGCAUCUUCAAACAGGAGAUCAUUGAUGGGUACCAGGUGGAAGUUCCUGAUUAUUGGUUGGACUUCAAUCCUUGGGAGUUCCCUAGACACGAUGUUACUGUUGAUAUCCAAUUCUUUGGCCACGUUCGCAAGUCGACUGAUGAGAACGGGAGGACCGUUGCCCACUGGGAGGGCGGUGAGAUCGUCAAGGCAGUCGCCUACGAUGUGCCCAUCCCUGGUUACGCGACCCCUUCUACGAACAACUUGAGGUUGUGGUCCAGCACAGCAGCCAGUGGCGAGUUUGACUUCCAGAAGUUCAACAACGGUGACUACGAAAGCUCUGUGGCCGAUCAGCAACGCGCCGAGACAAUCUCGGCGGUGCUUUACCCCAACGACAACCUUGAGCGCGGAAAGGAGCUGCGUCUGAAGCAGCAAUACUUCUGGGUUGCCGCCUCGCUGUACGACAUUGUCCGUCGUUUCAAGAAGUCCAAGCGCCCCUGGAAAGAGUUCCCCGAGCAGGUUGCCAUCCAGCUCAAUGACACCCACCCAACCCUCGCGGUUGUUGAGCUCCAGCGCAUUCUGCUGGAUCUGGAGGGUCUCGAGUGGGAUGAGGCUUGGAACAUCGUCACUAACACUUUCGGCUACACCAACCACACCGUGCUCCCUGAAGCCCUCGAGAAGUGGUCUGUUCCCCUGAUUCAGCAUCUUCUUCCCCGUCAUCUGCAGAUCAUCUACGACAUCAACCUCUACUUCCUCCAGAGUGUCGAGCGCCGAUUCCCCGAGGAGCGCGAUCUUUUGGGGCGCGUUUCCAUCAUUGAGGAGUCGCAGCCCAAGAUGGUUCGCAUGGCUCAUCUCGCUAUUGUGGGUUCUCACAAGGUCAAUGGUGUUGCUGAGCUGCACUCGGAUCUCAUCAAGACCACCAUCUUCAAGGACUUCGUGACCAUCUUCGGCCCCGACAAGUUCACCAACGUCACAAACGGUAUCACGCCUCGCAGAUGGCUUCAUCAGGCCAAUCCCCGUCUGUCCGAAUUGAUUUCGAGCAAGACUGGUGGCAAGGACUUUUUGACGGACCUCAAUGAGCUCAACAAGAUCGAGCUGUACGUCAAGGAUAAGGCUUUCCGCAAGGAAUGGGCCGACAUCAAGCUUGCCAACAAGGAGCGUCUUGCCAAGCAUAUCCAGGCGAGCGCGGGCGUCACCGUCGACCCAACCGCCCUAUUUGAUGUGCAAGUCAAGCGUAUUCAUGAGUACAAGCGCCAGCAGCUCAACAUCUUUGGUGUUAUCCAUCGUUACCUCACACUCAAGGCUAUGUCACCCGAGGAGCGCAAGAAGCAGCAGCCAAGAGUGUCCAUUUUUGGCGGCAAGGCUGCUCCGGGAUACUGGAUGGCCAAGCAGAUUAUCCACUUGAUUAACAGUGUGGGUAAGGUGGUCAACAACGAUGAGGACAUUGGCGACCUGCUCAAGGUGGUUUUCCUCGAGGACUACAACGUGAGCAAGGCCGAGAUCAUCAUUCCUGCCUCGGACAUCAGCGAGCACAUCUCGACUGCCGGUACUGAGGCCUCUGGCACAAGUAACAUGAAGUUUGUACUCAAUGGUGGUCUCAUCAUCGGUACCUGCGACGGUGCCAACAUCGAGAUCACGCGCGAGAUUGGGGAGAACAACAUCUUUUUGUUCGGCAACCUUGCUGAAGAUGUUGAGGAUCUCCGCCACGCACACACGUACGGCACGCAUGAGAUUGACCCCGAUCUCAACCGGGUAUUCCAGGAAAUCGAGAAGGGCACCUUCGGCAGCACACAAGAUUUUGCCGCUCUGAUCUCGGCUGUCCGAGACCACGGCGACUACUAUCUUGUUUCUGACGACUUCCACUCAUACAUUGAAACGCAAGCGUUGGUGGACGAUGCGUACCGGAAUCAGGAGGAGUGGAUUACCAAGUGCAUCACAUCGGUAGCGAGAAUGGGCUUCUUCAGCUCGGAUCGCUGUAUCAAUGAGUAUGCUGAGGGCAUCUGGAACAUCGAGCCUCUCCGUGUGGAGAAGGAGGAAGGAGCGUAGGUCGUCCUCCCCGGACUCAAAAAGGCAGAGGCAGGCCAAAAAAGGAAACAGCAUGGUGAGAAACACCU